UUUACUUUUUAAGAUCUCUUAAAGGACACCUACCUUAUGCCCAGAGACAUUUUCUCUCUCUUUCUCUCUCUUUCUAUAGCCUGCACACCCUGGGAAAAAAAAAAAAAAAAAAUUUCGAUUUUUUUCCAGAAGAUCUAACAAGGUAUGAACGUGAUCUUACCUUCACUUUCUUACUUUCACAAGCUUCGAUUCUCUGUUUUCUUUUUCUUUCUCUUUAUGCUGCUCUGAUUGUUUCACUUGAUAUCACUGCGUAGAUUUGAUCAAUAUUAUCGCUAGGGUUUAUCGAAUUCUGGGUUUUCUUUUUCUGAGAAAAGAAAAAAAGAGCUGGUUUUAUGGUUUUGGAAAAAUACCCAGAUAAUAAUUCAAUGGAAGAAACCAAGGACAAGGAUGUUUCCUUGGUUAGUGCUUCAGAGUCUACAGUGACUGUGAGUGAGCAUGUGACUGGUGAAACCCUAGCGGAUACUGUGACUUGUACGGUUCAGGGUCAGAUUGAGGGGUCUCUUUCUGAAGGUGUGGUGGCUGAGGAAGGUGAGACUUGUAAUGGGGAGGACAUAAUGGUGGAGGUUUUGGGUUCUGAUGUUUAUGUUGGUGGUGUUUGUACUAGUGGUAGUGGGGAGAGCUUGAACGAUGAGAUGGGUCAUGGUGGAGUGAUGGAGGUUGAGGUGGGUUCGAAGGAAGGUGCGGAUACUUUAGAUGGUGAAGCUGUUGGGUCUGAUUUGCAGGGACCUGGAGUUUCAGAUUCAGUUGAAGAAAGAUCUCAGGCUGCUGAAGCGCCGGCAGAGGUUGGGGUUGUAACGACGGAUGGAGGCUCGGAGCAAGCAGUAGAGGUAGCUACAGGGAGUGAUCAGCGAAAGGGUGGUGAUGGUGGUGAAACUCAGGAUGCAGGAGUGGCUUCUCAUGUUGAUGGUUCUUCUGCUGUUGUGGAUUCCACAGGUGGAGAAACCCAAGUUGUUGAUGUUGGGGAUGUUGAGGUGGAUGCGAAGGAGGAGGAAAUCAAAGGUGAAAUGGUUGAGGCGGUUGCAGGUGAGAAUCAUGGUACUGAGGAUGUUAAUAUACAGGAAGUUGCAGUUGUUGACAAUACGGUGAGUGCUCCUGGAGUCAAAGAUGGGUUAGGAGGUUCCUCAGUUGGUCCUUCAGAUGGAGAAACCCAAAUCAAUGUUCAGGAAGUUACUACAACAGAGAGUGUGGAGUCGGUUGGAGAAUUGGUCAAGGAGGGCGUGGAUGAAGCUGGGAAAUCGAUUGGUGAUGGUGCAGAUACGCCUGAUGAAUUGAAGACACAGAAAGUUGGUGUUAAAGAUGAUGAAGUAUGGAAUCCUGGGAUCGAAACCAUGGUUGUAUGUUCUUCAGCAACUGUGGAAGAUACUAAUGUACAAACCCAAAUCCACAAGGACAAAGCUUCAGUUGUUGUCAAUGAAGAGGGUUUGAAUACAGAAGAACAAAGAGAAAUUGCUGUUGUUGGGGAAUUUGCAGCAGCGGAUAAAGAAGGCCAUCUGGGUUCCAAUGUUGCAGUUACAGAGAAUGAUGCUACUAUUGAAAGUUUAGGUCAAAAGUUAGAGAACAAGCAGGUAAACAUUGAUUUACUUGGUGAUAGCAACAAAAAUAACAGUAAUAUGCAUGCAUCAGAUUCAGAUUGUUCAUCUCUUCAUACUCAAGUGGUUGUUGAAGGUCAAGUUGCAGUAACAGACAGGGUUCUAUCAAAUGCUGGAGAAACUAUUGCUUUUGAUACUAGCCAGGUGGAGCCAAAUACGAGACAAGAUAUGGAAAUAGAUGAUAAAGUUAAUGAUGCCGAACAGGUAGAUACAGAUAGAAACCAUGAUAAAGUUGUAAUUUCCAAAAGUGAAGGUCCUGGAUCUGGUGAAAGCGACCAACUGCUGAAGUCUGAAGAUUACAUUGAAAAGGGUGUGACAGAUGAUGUUCUUCCAGUUGAUGCUGAUACAGCACCAGAAACAGAAGCAAAAGAAAAAGUUGCAGUUGCAAAUCAUGUUGGUUUACAUGUAGAACAGCAAAUAGAAGUUGAAAAUAAACACGAAAAUGGUGAGGAAGUAGCUGGAUUGACUGAAAAUCAAGUUGAUUUACAUACAGAUAUGACAUCAUCAUGUCAGCCUCUGCAGGUUCAAACUGAAGUUACAGCACUGAAUGAGAAUGUUUCUAUAAAUACAAAGGUUGAGGCUCCUGACUCUGUUGAUAAGGUUUGUUCUCGAAAUGACCAGAACUCAAAGACCGAGACAAUGUGGAGGAGCACAGAAACAGAUGGCGAUGCUGCUGAUUAUGGGGAUGUUGCUCCGAUGGACGCUGAUGAGGUUCUAAAUUCUGCAAUUGAAGUACCCAGGUGUCAAGAAGUUGAUCAAAAGUUGAACAUUAAAGAGGUUCUUGACAAGCAUAAGGCCAGUGAUAGUGCUGUGACUGAGAUAAAUAUUGCAAGUGAUGUAGGAGUUGAAGAAAAAGUUGCUGAUCCUGAGGAGGUUGGUUUACAUGGAGAGCAGGACUCGGAAGUGGAAAAAGAAGCUAUUGAUAGUGAACAACUGAAAACUGAUGAAGAUAAAAUUGUUGCAUGGGAAGCUGAACUGCCAGGAAGUUCUUCUGUAGUCAACCAACCUAAGUAUGAUCUGCCACCAGAAAGUGAAGGUGUGUUUUCAGUGUCUGAUAUAGUCUGGGGUAAAGUGAAGAGCCAUCCAUGGUGGCCUGGACAGAUAUUUGAUUUUACUGAUGCAUCUGAGAGGGCAAUGAAAUAUCAUAAAAAGGACUGCUUUUUGGUGGCAUAUUUUGGGGAUCGAACAUUUGCUUGGAAUGACCAUUAUAACUUAAAAAGCUUUCGGACGCAUUUCUCCCAGAUAGAGAAGCAGUGCAAUUCAGAAACAUUCCAAAAUGCUGUCAAUUGUGCUUUGAAAGAAGUUUCAAGGCGAAUAGAGCUGGGGCUAGCAUGCUCUUGCAUACCAAAAGAUUCCUAUGACAAGAUCAAAUUCCAAAUUGUUGAAAAUGCAGGAAUCCGACAAGAAUCUAGUAGAAGAGAUGGAACAGAUGAUUCCACAGCAAGUAGUAGUUCUUUUCAAGCUGAUAAACUGAUCCAGUAUAUUAAAGAGUUAGCUCAGUCCUCUUCUGGUGGCUGUGACCGAUUAGAACUUGUGAUAGCUAAAGCUCAGUUGCUGGCCUUCUACCGUUUGAAGGGUUAUUCAAGCUUGCCAGAAUUUCAAUUUUGUGGAAGCUUGGUGGAAAAUGACACUGAUACUUCAUUAAUGGAGGAUAAAAUACAUUCAAGUGAGGUGAAUGAGAGUGCAAAUCUCAUUUGUAAGGAUGAUGGCCAGAUUGCCUCUGGCCAGGAGAUGUUGAUACAACAUAGCUCUUCUCAUAAGCGUAAACAUAAUUUGAGGGAUGGCGUAUAUCCUAAAAUAAAAGAAAGAAGCUUGACAGAACUGAUGGGUGGCGGAGAUUCUCCAGAUGGCGAGCUUGGGUCUAGCAAGAAACGGAAGGGUGCCGAUGCCGAUGACACAACAAUGCUAGAUGGAAGGAAAACUAUUGCUGUUGCGAAAGUCUCUAGUUCCACACCUUCUAUUCCAAAGCAAUCCUUUAAGAUUGGUGAGUGUAUGCGUAGAGCUGCCAGUCAGCUGACAGGGUCUCCUAUAAUGAAGUCUAACAAUGACAGGUUCCAGAAGCUGGAUGGUUCUGCUGAUGGAUAUGAUAUUUCCUAUCAGAGUCCUGAGGAUGCCUAUAGAGGAAGGAUGAUUGAUCCAGCAGAGUAUUCUUCCCUGGAUGAACUGCUGUUACAGCUUCAGUUUGCAGCACAAGAUCCCAUGAGUGAAGACAGCUUUUCGAAUAUAGUUGUUAGCUUCUUCUCUGAUUUUAGGAAUUCAGUAGUUCAGGGCCAGUGUCCUGGGAUGGAGCAGUUCGUUAUGGACAAGGUCACUGGUAAAAGGAAGAAAGUGUCCCAUUCUAUUUUUGGGUCACCUGAAACUUUUGAAUUUGAUGACAUGAGUGACACCUAUUGGACUGACAGGGUCAUCCAAAAUGGUUCGGAAGAACAAGCAUCUCGUGGAAACAGAAAAAAAGAUAAUCAGCUUGUGCUUGCACAGCCAGAUAAACCCCAAGAAAAUCGUAGGCCAUACUCCAGGAAGCGUUAUUCUAAUGGCAAUCAUGUUUUGGCGGUGGAGAAGCCUGUUGGGUAUGUGGAUGAGAAUGCGCCGGCAGAACUUAUAAUGAAUUUCUCUGAGAUGAGAGCUGUUCCCUCAGAAGCAGUCCUGAAUAGGAUGUUUAAGCGCUUUGGACCACUUAAGGAAAGUGAAACAGAGGUUGAUAGAGAGAGUAGUCGUGCUAGGGUUAUCUUUAAGAAGAGUUCUGAUGCAGAAGUUGCUUGCAGCAGUGCUGAAAAAUUCAAUAUCUUUGGUCCAACAAUGGUAAAUUACCAGCUCAGUUAUACCCCAACUAUCCCAUUUAAAGCUCCUCCAGUUGUUUCUACCCAGGAUCAUGAGAUGCAGCUUGAUCUCUCAACCCAUGAUCAUGAUAUGCAGCUUGAUCUCUCCACCCAUGACCAUGAGAUGCAACUUGAUCUCUCUACUCAUGACCAUGACAUGCAACUUGAUCUCUCAGCUUUUGAAGUUAAUCUGGUUUGAACGUUUUAGGAGAGCAGAUGCUGAAGAAAAAGCUGAUGGACUUCUGUUACUGGUGCGAUGGUGCGGACAUGUAACUUCUUGGGCUCUUCAAGGAGGUAACCAGAUUGUUUAUUCAUCUGGUUGCCCGUGACGUAGUCUGCUCAGAGUUAUCUCCGUUUUGUUUUUCACCAGAAUGCAUAAUUUUACUUUCUCCUGUAAUCAUGUGCGGCUGUGUGCUUAGUUAAUGCAUUGCUUAGUGUGUCUAUAGCAGAGGUAGCUGAUCGUUUAUUUAUAGCUUUUGUCCUUUGAGGCAACAAGAUUUAAUUGUGGAGUCAUGUAAUCUCCUGGUAAAGGGGAAGAAAAUUUAGUCCUGAUUAUGCAUUAUCAUUUAAAGUCAACGGCAACUAAGCACUCUGCUAACACAACAGUGCUGAGGGACCACGGUUGUAUACCUUGACUGAGCUUCAGGAGCUGGUUAUUAACUUCAGAAUAAUUCGCGCGGUAACAGAUGCUUUUGAGUGAUGACUUUUCUGUUUGGUGUAUGUGUGUUACUUCUUAGCCCUUGUAUGUGCAGGCUUGGCUGUAUAGGAGCACAGGUGAACGCUUUCUUGCCUGCAAUACAUGAGUUUUUAUCAUAAGGUGUUAUAAUGUGCUAAAUUUUGGUGGUAGAGUGUCAUGAGUAAAGUAAAUUAAGUUCUAUA